ACGUGCUACCUGUUAUGCAUGGACUAAAACGUUGAAGAACCCAGUUACCCCGAGUAGAUGAUAAGUCUAUGUUAUUAGGACAAAACUUGUUUUGUGCUUACUGUUACCAUAAGUGGAUUCACUAGCGCGGGACUGGGGUCUAGAGAUAAGCAUUUAGUGGCUGAAUACUAGUUCAAAAGCGUUGCAAUCGAAGUGCAACUCCUGAGGUCGUUCAAGCGAUUUGCGGUUAUUUGCUGACCUGCACUUAUCAACCAUGAUGGUUGCGAUCUGCACAGUAGGAUUUCCAACUUUUUAAAAAGCAGGGUUCGGUGCAUAGCAGCCCCAGUACCAACCGGGGUGGCAAAAUCGCCUGAAAGUUACCAUGUUCAUUGAAGGAUUUUUCGUUACCUGCUAGUGACUGCGACGUAAAGGGUCCUUGUCUUUUUGAUUCUGCUCUUGGCUUCUUUACACGCAAGAUUUUCCCACAAACCCGUGCCGCCCGUCGCAAAAGAUUAAGUGACAUUUUUGUCUUCGUGGGGUCCAUUGUAUCUCAUCGGCUAGGUUACCUUUUUCUACUGAAGUGUAGGCGCACGGUAACAUCUCAGCUGCCGGAGCUGCCGAAUAUCCUUUCACUGCUUCAGCAAUAAUGUUGCCAGUGGUAGGCGACAGCAAGACCGAGCAUACCACCGACUCUACAGUCAAUACCCCAAACAUAGAUACAGACAAAGAGAAUGAAAAACGGACAAGCGAUCUUUCACCUAGAUGUUCCUUAGACGAGAAUUCUGAUAUCGCUCUAAGUGACAGUGACAAUGAGCAUAUCAAGCUCAUCAAAGCCAAAGCUACUCGAACCGCCGAGAAAGAGGGGAACUCAAAUGAUAUAGCCAGUAUGCCACCUAAAAACGAGAAUGAGAAGCCGGCAUCAUGGCCUUCUCUGCCCAGAAAAGAUCAGCUUUUCAUCCUAGCCCUCGCGCGUAUGGCUGAGCCCAUAGUCCAAUCCAGCAUAAACUCCUACAUGUUCUUCAUGCUGCGGUUUUUUGACCCAUCACUUUCGGACUCAGCCAUUUCUUCGCAGGCAGGCUACCUUGCAGGCGGCUUUACAGCCGCUCAGUGCAUCACAGCUAUGAUAUGGGGUCGUGUGGCUGACAAGGCCUCGGUGGGCAGAAAGAAUGUACUCAUUAUCGGUUUGUUAGGAACGCUUACAUCCACGAUUGGCAUUGGAUUUUGCCGGUCUUUUGCUCCUGCACUAUUUUUUCGUUGCCUUGGCGGAGCCUUGAACGGCAAUGUUAGCAUUAUGCGGACGAUGACUUCUGAAAUCAUUCGCGAGAAGAAGUAUCAGACUAAGGCUUUCUUGUUGAUGCCCAUCAUGUUCAAUGUUGGUGUUCUUUUUGGUCCCCUGCUUGGUGGUUGGUUACAGAAUCCGGUCCACACUUUUCCCCGGGCAUUUGGGCCAGGAAGCAAGCUUGGUGGCAUAGAAGGUGUGGGAUGGAUGCUGAAGUAUCCAUAUGCUUUACCAAACUUGUUGAAUGCUUUACUGUUGUUUGUCUCGCUUUUCCUUGUAAUUUUGGGUCUUGAAGAGGUAUGUAAAAGCUCACAGUUCCUGUUUAAACUCCACUCACACGUUUUUCAGACACAUAUGGAUCGUCAGCAUCUCUCUGAUCCAGGCCUCAAGUUGGGUCGAUUCAUGGCUCGGAUCAUUUGUUGCAGGCCGCGACAGUCUCAAUAUGCCCCGCUAGAAGUUGAGGAUAAUUUUCACGAUAUUGAAAUGACAAUGCCUCCUGAAUAUACCAAAGAAACCAAAAACUCGUACAAACCACGUGCGAAACUACCAUUUCGCCGCAUACUUCGUCGCAAUAUCAUUGCAACUAUGGUCGCCCAUGGGCUUAUACAAGGCCAUACAAGCGCAUUUCAAAAUCUUUGGUUCUUGUUCCUUUCUACGCCUCGCUUUGAUCCUACCCGCCCAAACCCGCCAGAUUAUACACCACACCCUCCCUUCUUCUUCACAGGAGGCUUAAGCCUCUCACCGGUUAUCAUUGGAACAGCAAUCGGUAUCAUCGGCGCCAUGGGCCUGACUUUACAAUUCGGUGUCUAUUCAUGGGUAACGCACCGUUUGGGCGUUUUAUAUGCAUACCGCUAUGCUCUAGCACUUUUCCCCUUCGCUUAUGCACUUGCUCCAUUCCUAGCAUUAUUUCCAACGAAAUCAGAGUCACCACAUGCAGCAGACGGCCCAUGGAUUUGGAUUGGAAUUUAUAGUUUGCUGCUUCUCAUUGUUACAGGCCGUACAUUUGCGCUUCCCAGCUCGCUCAUCCUUAUCAAUAACUGCACGCCGCACCCGAGUGUCCUCAGCACUAUCCACGGUAUUGCGCAGAGCGUGAGUGCCGGAGCCAGAACUUUGGGUCCGCUCGUUUUUAGUGCGGUGUAUGGGCAAGGCUUGAAAAAGGGGGUGGUGGGUAUGGCGUGGUGGAUACUAAUGAUUGAAGCUUUUGUUGCUUUUGGCGCGAGUUGGUUGGUUUACGAAGGGAAUGGACAUGAAAUUCGUUUGGAGGAAGAUCCUUGAUGUUGACGUAAGUCUUAUAUAUAUGUUGAUACGAGUCAACGGUAUUAUGGUUCAUGUGCAUCGAGCAUUACUCGAUUUAUAUAGAUCAUAGAGAA